CCCAUACUUACAAUGCAAUGAGAACCGGCUACUUCUUCUAAAACUACUUCUUGACAUGACGACCUUUGCCCGGAAAAGUAAAAGUACUCUAUAAAGAUGCCCCAAUACAAAGAGUUGGACACACUGCGCUCAUUCACAGCUAAACUGAACAUUGCCCUGUCCACACUUCCUGUGCCCAGACUGUUUGCUGAUCUACUGGUCCAGGAUAAGUUAGUAGGAGAAGCGGCAGCAAGGAACAUUGUCAGUCCAACUGGAAUCGAUGAUUACAACAAAGUCAGUAGACUGAUGUCGGCCGUGUAUUCGUAUGUGCAAACGGUUUCCAGUCAAGAAAAGGCUACCCUGAUAUUCAAUAAAUUGGUAAUCAUUUUGCACAAUGACCCGCUAGGUCUGGAAGAUCUAGCCCAGCAGCUUGUCCAACACCGAGGUGAGGGAGAUCCUACUUACAAGACACCUCUGACUGCUGAAGCAGUAGCUACACCUACUGUUUCUGUUCCUACCACGACUGAUGCAUCACCAAGUGCCCCAUCACCAAGUGCCCCAGUGGACAUCAUGCAAGCUAAGCCGACUCUGAUUCAACUCACUCUCCUUAAAUCGAAAUCUGAAACAGGCAAAGAGCUAGAGAGGGUGGAGAUCAUGAAGGAAGUAGCAGCCAAGUGGAAAGACUUUGGCUCAUUUUUGGAAUUUGAUCAGACCGGAACUCAGCUGAAUAAUUUGGCCUCACAGUAUGCUCAUGCCAGUCUCAGUCCAGUGGAGCCGUGCCGAGCUAUGUUCAUGCAUUGGCUGGAAGGAAAUGGUGUCAAGGCAACCUGGGAAAAAGUGCUUGAAUUCCUUAUAGACAUUAACAAGAAAGAGGUGGCAGAUAAAAUCGAAAAGAUUUUGCUGUGUUUAUAGAUAGACUUUUAUAGUAGUUAUUACAUUAUUUUCUUUACACAAUGACUUGUAGAUAAAAAAAUUUAUACUUAUGUUAACGAUC